GUGAAAAAGUACCUCUGGUGGUGGUCAACGGGACGAAGACGCUGCUCGUAUCAGCAUAUUUGGAGCAUCGCACUGCCACACGAGAGGUCCGGGUUCUGGCCAUUGUGCUAAGAGGAGAAAAUGUGAACUAUCACUGCCUCCUGUGUUGUCAGGGGCAACCAUACGUCUCUGCAUGCAGCAGGCGCAUCCACUCAGACCACUUUUGGUUUCCGUAUGGGACAGCAGACAUCAUGUGUUCUCUGCCUCCCGGGUGUGAGACGCCCUCUCACAUCACUGUGACCUCUGCUGCAACUGAAGAAAAAAGUCACGUGUUUUUAAAGGUCCAGAACCAACAUGUGAGGAGUGACUCCUUCAGUCAUAACUUCACUGUUUGUUUCUCCUGCAUGUAUGAUUUCACCAACGUGCUGCAGCUGGUGCAGAGUUUGGAGAUGCUGCGGAUUCUCGGGGUGAGCAGAGUGGUCGUGUAUAAGACGAGCUGCAGUCCUGAAACACAGCAGUUACUGGACUACUACACAAACACAGGUUUCAUGGAGGUGAUUCCGUGGACCAUAACACGUUUUGUGAACGUGUCUCGAAGGUGGCUUCCACAACAUGGACCAGGUGACCUCCACUACUUUGGCCAGAUUGCUGCUCUCAAUGACUGCCUGUACAGAUACAUGUACCAGACAAGAUACAUGGCUCUGCACGACGUGGACGAGCUCAUACUGCCCCACACUGUUGACAGCUGGUCAGAGUUGUUGCCACAGCUGGAACAGAAGCACGGUGCUGAUCUCUGCUUCAAGUUUAAAAAUACUGUGUUCCCAAACACCAUCCUCACGCUUCCUCCUACUUCUCCAAGUCCUCAGCUCCCAGUGAACCUGUGGCAGGGUGUCACCGGGGUUAACAUCCUGGCUCACCUGCGCCAUGAACCCAGCACCCCAAACAGCUUCAAAAUCAUCAUCAACCCCAGACCUGUGUUCUCUGUCACCGUCCAUGGGGUCCUAGAGUCAAAGAAAGACUGCAUCUGGGUUAGCACCAGUGAAGCACGAAUGCAUCACACAAGAGCUCCAGUGCAACCAGAGUUGACAGCAGACCAGCUGAUUUAUGACGAUCGAUUGCUGGACUACAGCAGCCGCCUCAUCCUGUCUGUCAGCGCUGUUCUCAGAGCCGCUGGACUUAUCUGAGAGG